AUGUGGGGUUUGCAAGGUGAUAUACAUCGGCUGUCCGAAUGGGCGAAGGAGGCGGCGCUUCCCAUCAACAUCGCCAUGAGUAGUAAUACUAUCAAUCUGGUUGUCAUUGGCGACGGUGCUGUGGGUAAAACAUGUUUAAUUGAAUCUUACAUCAACAAUCCUUUUCCAACAAUGUACGUACCAACUGUUUUUGAGAAGUACACGGGGUCCUUAACCGUCAACGGACAAAAUCUGAGCCUGAAAAUAUGGGAUACAGCUGGCCAAAGCGAUCAUGAGCAUAUUCGUGGAUUAACAUAUUCUGGGGUCGAUGCUGUCAUACUGUGCUAUUCGGUAGUGCAUGAGACAUCUUACGAGAACAUUCGGUGCAAGUGGAGCGAAGAAUUGCUCAAACAUCUUCCCGGAAUUCCUGUUGUGCUCGUUGGAACUAAAAUAGAUCUCAGAGAAAGAAUUAUUCCUGGAUUUACCCGAGCAAUAACGUACGACCAAGGUUCUCGUCUUGCCAAACGGAUCGAUGCAACCGCAUACGUUGAGUGUUCUGCGCUAUGCCAAAUCAAUAUCAAGGAAGUGUUUGACAAGGCGAUUAAAGCAGUCUUAGAAAAACGUUCGGAGUCAAAAUCACCCAAAAAGCACGAGUCUCGAAAGCGAAGCGAUAAAAGUCGCUCGCGAUCCAAGACUGGCCGAAAACGAUCGGAAGUGCGUACAAUAAUGUAA